GAGGCGAGCGAGCGAGCGAGCGAGCGAGCGAGCGGGCGGGCCCCCGGGUGUGGGGCCAGAGCCGCGAGCCCCGAGCCCCGAGCCCCGAGCCCCGAGCCGCGGCGCGGGCGGCGGCGGCGGCCGCGCGGUAGCUAGCGGUCAUGACGGAGGGCACGUGCCUGCGUCGCCGAGGGGGCCCCUGCAAGACGGAGCCCGCCACCGAGCUCAGCCGCUGGCGCCUGCGCAGCGAGCGGGGCCGGCAGACGUGGACGUACCUGGCGGGCGAGGCGGACCCCGGCCGCGGGCCGACGGCGCUGGAGGCGCACUCCCUGGGCCUGGACCCCGGGCGUCACUUCAGGGACCUGCCCAGAGCCGACACGGCCCGUGGAGGGGCGCUGAACGGGAUGGAGUUUUACGUGCGGCUGCAGGCUGAGGAUGGGCACUGGGCGGGUGACUAUGGCGGCCCGCUCUUCCUCCUGCCGGGCCUCCUGAUCACGUGCUAUGUGGCCCAGAUCCCUUUGCCAGCGGGAUAUAAAGAAGAGAUGGUGCGGUACCUGCGGUCAGUGCAGCUCCCGGAUGGCGGCUGGGGCCUGCAUGUGGAGGACAAGUCCACAGUGUUUGGGACUGCACUCAACUAUGUGUCUCUGAGAAUUCUGGGUGUCGGGCCUGACGAUCCUGACUUGGUCCGAGCCCGGAACAUUCUUCACAAGAAAGGUGGUGCUGCGGUCAUCCCUUCCUGGGGGAAGUUCUGGCUGGCUGUCCUGAACGUGUACAGCUGGGAGGGCCUCAACACUCUGUUCCCGGAGAUGUGGCUGUUUCCUGACUGGGUCCCUGCCCACCCCUCCACGCUCUGGUGCCACUGCCGACAGGUCUACCUAUCCAUGAGCUACUGCUAUGCCACCCGGCUGAGCGCUAAGGAGGACCCGCUGGUCCGGAGCCUCCGCCAGGAGCUGUACGUGGAGGACUACGCCAGCAUUGAGUGGCCGGCACACAGGAGCAGUGUGGCCCCUGACGAGCUGUACACGCCGCACAGCUGGCUGCUCCGCGUGGUGUACGCACUGCUCAACCUGUAUGAGCGCCACCACAGCACCAGCCUUCGGCAGCGGGCCAUCCAGAAGCUGUAUGAGCACAUCGCGGCAGACGACCGCUUCUCCAAGUGCAUCAGCAUCGGCCCGAUCUCGAAAACCAUCAACAUGCUUGUGCGCUGGUAUGUGGAUGGGCCAGCCUCCGCCGCCUUCCAGGAGCACAUCUCUAGGAUUCCUGAUUACCUCUGGCUGGGCCUCGAUGGCAUGAAAAUGCAGGGCACCAACGGCUCACAGGUGUGGGACACCGCGUUUGCCACCCAGGCUCUGCUGGAGGCAGGGGCACAACACAGGCCUGAGUUUUCGUCUUCCCUGCAGCAGGCACAUGAGUUUCUCCGGAUCUCACAGGUCCCAGACAGCCCCCCUGACUACCAGAAGUACUACCGCCAGAUGAGCAAGGGUGGCUUUCCCUUCAGCACGCUGGACUGUGGCUGGAUUGUUGCCGACUGCACAGCGGAGGCCUUGAAGUCCAUCCUUCUCCUGCAGGAAAAGUGUCCCUUUGUCAUUGAGCACGUCGCGCGAGAGCGGCUCUAUGAUGCUAUUGCUGUGUUGCUGAACAUGAGAAAUUCUGAUGGAGGGUUUGCCACCUAUGAGACUAAGCGUGGGGGGCACUUGCUGGAGCUGCUGAACCCCUCGGAGGUCUUUGGGGACAUCAUGAUUGACUACACAUAUGUGGAGUGCACCUCGGCCGUGAUGCAGGCACUGAAGCUUUUCCAUGAGCGUUUCCCAGACCACAGGGCCGGGGAGAUCAGGGAAACACUCAAGCAGGGCCUGGAGUUCUGUCGGCAGAAGCAGCGGGCUGAUGGCUCCUGGGAAGGCUCCUGGGGGGUUUGCUUCACCUACGGCACCUGGUUUGGGCUAGAAGCUUUCGCCUGCAUGGGGCAGACUUACCGCAGUGGGGCUGUGUGUGCGGCGGUCUCCCAGGCCUGCGACUUCCUGCUCUCCAGGCAGAUGGUGGAUGGAGGCUGGGGGGAGGAGUUCGAGUCCUGUGAGCAGCGGCGUUAUGUGCAGAGUGCCACGUCCCAGAUCCACAACACGUGCUGGGCCCUGAUGGGGCUGAUGGCUGUCAGGCAUCCCUGCGUAGAGGCCCUGGAGAGAGGAGUCAGGUGUCUGCUUCGGAAACAGCUCCCCAAUGGCGACUGGCCCCAGGAAAACAUUGCUGGAGUCUUCAACAAGUCCUGUGCCAUCAACUAUACGAGCUACAGGAACGUCUUCCCCAUCUGGGCCCUUGGCCGCUUCUCCCGCCUGUACCCAGAGAGUGCUCUCGCCGGCCACCCUUGAGGCCGCCUGGCAGGUGGGUGGGUGGUGGGCGCAGGUGUCAGGCAAGUUCCCGUUGGAGCAGCUCGGGUGAGCUGCAGGAGCCCUGCCCAGGGGCCCAGUGCCCGUCACCACCCACUUCUGCAGGGCGGGGGCCAGGCCUGGGGCAGGGCUGGGCUGGUAGCUUUAGAUAGUUGAUUUUCAGAAUAGGUUUAGUUCUUGGAAGAGCUUGCGGCGCUCAGGUGAGGAAAGGAACAAGCUGAGCCGUGACCCUGGAGGAGGCGUGGCAUGUUCUGCAAUACUGGGCAUGGUGCACGUCCUCAUUGUGGGGCUGCGGGCGCUUUCUUGACCAGUACCUGAGUUCUUGGGAGAGGGGGACCGUGCCUUGUCUGUCUCCUGCCAGGUGCUUCCCAGGAGCCAGCUCGGCUGGGCUUGUCCUUGUGUCUUCUGACUGUGGGGCUGAGGGAUGUGACAGCUUUUCCGAACAGCCCAGAGGGAGGCUGGUCCUCCCUGUCCACCCAGGCACCCAGGGCUCAGGAAGGAACGGGGACCAGACUUGCCAAGUGUCUGUGCCUGCUCAAAGGGGAGCCAGACGUGGCCGCCAGCCCUGCCCUACACCUCAGGCCCACCCAUGCUGCCUCACGGUGCUGCCCGUUGUGGGUGCCAGCGUCCUUCUGUCCUGACUUGAUAGCCUCUAGUGUCUGGUGCUGACAGAGCGCAGGCGGGAGGCUAAGCACGGUGAGGGACGAGGGCUCACGAGUGGUCUGGUGGUUAGCACUGUGGGGCACUGCCGUGUGGGGAGGGCAGCAAAGCAGUCCGUGCAGCUGGCCGGGUGGCCUGACGUCCUGGUAUGUGCUCUGAGCCCAAGUGAGGGCCAGAUUUCCAAGGCAAUGCCUCUUCGGUGCUAAACUUCUGAAUUCCCUUCUGGCUCUAAGUCUGUUUGGUUUGAUGUGCAUGGAUUUGGGGCUCAGGCUGAAAAAACCUGGGUUCUGGAUUUGCCUUUGACCUUUGAGAACAAGUGGCUCACAUGCUCAGGGCUUCCCCAGGAAUGUGGCUGUGAGAAGUCACCAGGAGCUUUGAUGAGAAUAAAAGCCAGGCCUGGUGUUGCCCCUAGGCCCUGGCCUGCUUGCCCACCCCAGUGCCCCGCCCACCUGCUGUUCCUCUGUGCCACCUCCUGGACUGGCAGCAGCCCCUGGCUGUGCUUCCUUGGCUGACCAUCCUCCGUCAGACAGCCAAAUGUCUGAGUGCCCCCUGCUGCUGCCAUUCUCUGCCCAGAUCCCUGGAGGACCCUCACCGAGACUUUGCACCAUGUGGCCUUGAGUGCUGUCCCUGACUCUGCCUGCGGCUCGCCUGCUUUGGGCCUUGGUCUAGCCGUUCCUCCACUGACCUCCUCUUGCCCCGAGGUGGUGCUUCUGCUCUGAGCCCUGCAGGCCUGGGCUGUGUGUGCACACAGACAGCCUGCCUGCACCACUGGCUGCCAUGCCGUGUGGCACGUAGUGGGUAUUCAGUGGGCGUCUGUUGAGUGUCAGCACUUCUUCCCAGACAGUUUAAGUGAGUGUUUAUUUUGGCUGAAGGAACUGUUCAGAUCUCUUCGAAAUCUACUGGGUUUGCUCUUGCACUUCUUUUCUUGGCCCAUGUUUUCCACUCACUGGGGCAGCAGGAACCCAGGUGGUGAUUUACCACAGUCUGCUCCUCGAAGUGGCCACUGCCCCUGGGAAACUCCCAGCCAUGGCCGGAUCACUAGACAGAACAUAAGAAAUGAAAAUCUGCUUUUCUCCUGAAAAUGUUGUCACUUCUGUGGCCAGCUACCUUAAUAAACAGACAUGUUUCCCUUAGGCUGAAGCACGUCACACUUGUGUUUGAUCUCAUGUUGGGAAUAGUCACAGAUCUGGAGUUUUCUGAGACUGUCACUUGGGCACCAUGUUGGACAGUGGGCCACCACCUCAUCAGUUCAGGGGAUAAGAGUAACUGCUUCAAGAUGAGCAGGUGUGUCUCCAGUUAUUUGAGGGGAAAUUAUGUGCCUCAGCCUGAUUAAAAAUCAAGUUCUCAUUAAGGAGUCGAUCCCAUUUACAAUUGCACCCAAAACCAUAAGAUACCAAAGAGGCAAAGAAUCUAUACUCAGAAAAUUAAAGAAUACUCAUGAAAGAAAUUGAGGAAGACACAAAGAGAUGGAAAAACGUUCCAUGCUCAUGGAUUGGAAGAACAAAUAUUGUGAAGAUGUCAAUGCUACCUAGAGCAAUCUACACAUUCAAUGCAAUCCCCAUCAAAAUACCAUCCACUUUUUUCAAAGAAAUGGAACAAAUAAUCCUAAAAUUUGUAUGGAACCGGAAAAGACCCCGCAUAGGCAGAGGAAUGUUGAAAAAGAAAAGCAAAGCCAGUGGCAUCACAAUUCUGGACUUCCAGCUCUAUUACAAAGCUGUCAUCAUCAAGACAGCAUGGUACUGUCACAAAAACAGACACAUAGAUCAAUGGAACAGAAUAGAGAGCCCAGAAAUGGACUCUCAACUCUAUGGUCAACUCAUCUUUGACAAAGCAGGAAAGAAUGUCCAAUGGAACAAAGACAGUCUCUUCAACAAAUGGUGUUGGGAAAAUUGGACAGUCACAGCAGAAGAAUGAAACUGGACCAUUUUCUUAUACCACACACAAAAAUAGACUCCAAAUGGUUGAAAGACCUAAAUGUGAGAGGAAUCCAUCAAAACCCUAGAAGAGAACACAGGCAGCAACCUCUUCGACCUCAGCUGCAGCAACUUCUUCCUAGAAACAUCGCCAAAGGCAAGGGAAGCAAGGGCAAAAAUGAACUAUUGGGACUUCAUCAAGAUAAAAAGCUUUUGCAAAGCAAAGGAAACAGUCAACAAAACCAAAAGACAACCGACAGAAUGGGAGAAGAUAUUUGCAAAUGACAUAUCAGAUAAAGGGCUAGUAUCCAAAAUCUAUAAAGAACUUAAUCAAACUCAACACCCAAAGAACAAAGAAUCCAAUCAAGAAAUGGGCAGAAGACAUGAACAGACAUUUUUCCAAGGAAGACAUCCAAAUGGCCAACAGACACAUGAAAAAGUGCUCAAUAUCGCUCGGCAUCAGGGAAAUCCAAAUCAAAACCUCAAUGAGAUACCACCUCACACCAGUCAGAAUGGCUAAAAUUAACAAGUCAGGAAACGACAGAUGUUGGCGGGGAUGCGGAGAAAGGGGAACCCUCCUACACCGUUGGUGGGAAUGCAAGCUGGUGCAGCCACUCUGGAAAACAGUAUGGAGGUUCCUCAAAAAGUUGAAAAUAGAGCUACCAUAUGAUCCAGCAAUUGCACUACUGGGUAUUUACCCCAAAGAUACAAAUGUAGGGAUCCGAAGGGGUGCGUUCACCCUGAUGUUUAUAGCAGCAAUGUCCACAAUAGCCAAACUAUGGAAAGAGCCCAGAAGUCCAUCAACAGAUGAAUGGAUAAAGAAGAGGUGGUGUGUGUAUAUACACACACACACACACACAUACACACACACAAUGGAAUAUUAUGCCGCCAUCAGAAAGACCCGAAAUCUUGCCAUUUGCAACGACGUGGAUGGAACAAGACAGAGGAUCAUAGGGGAAGGGAGGAAAAAAUGAAGCAAGACGAAACCAGAGAGGGAGACAAACCAUGAGAGACUCUUAAUCUCAGGAAACAAACUGAGGGUUCUGGAGGGGAGGGGGGUGGGGGAUGGGUUAGCCUGGUGAUGGGUAGUAAAGAGGGCACGUUCUGCAUGGAGCACUGGGUGUUUUACGCAAUGAAUCGUGGAUCACCACAUCAAAAACUAAUGAUGUAUGGUGACUCACAUAAAAAAAAAAUCAAGUUCUCAACAAAACAGAAACAGACUCAUAAAUAUAGACCAAACUGGUGGAUGCCAGAGGGGAAGGGGUGGGGGGACAAGUGAAAUAGAUGAAGGGGUUUAAGAGUACGAACUUCCAGUUAUAAAAUGUGUAAUUCGGCGGUGAGAAGUAUGGCGUAGGGAGGAUAGCCAGUGAUACCGCAGUCCUGUUGUGUGGGGAUGGGGUUACUGCGCUUUGCGUGGGGAGCGCUAAGCAACGUACCAAGUUGUCGAGUCACCGUACUGUACGCCUUGUGUCCGCUUACUUCAGAUCAAACAAAAUCAGGUUCUUCCCUGGGCAAAUCAUUAAAGACGUCUGAAUUCAAAUUACUUUUUGGUAUUGGGCGCAGAUUUUGAGUAUUACGCUGGGAAGUUUUUGCUAGAGCCAUAUUAAGAUUUCUGUAUUCACCAUGAUGCAAAUUUCAGACCUUCCCUUUGAGGAAUUCUCUACCUAGAAAUCCUUAAUUCACAGUGAAAAUUCAUCUCUGAGAAAGUCCUUUUCCUUACUGGACAGAAUCAGUAUUGGUACAUAUAUUUAUGUUUUACUUAGGCAAUAAAAUAUUUCAAAAAUUAA